AAAUGACGGCUGCAUUGGAUACGUGUUCUUGUGGUUUAUGAUAUUUACGAUAGAAAAAGUAUUAACUUAGUACAAAAAUAGUUACUUCUUUGAAAAAUAGAUAUCAGAGUUUUAUCUAAGUGAAAUAUUAAGUAGACAACAUAAUCUCAUGUAUUAAAAAAGUUUUUGAACUGACGGCAACGUAGUAAUUCCACCAUGGAGGACGCUCAUUCGAAAUCCGUGGACGAAGUUUUAGGAUAUUUUGGCACAGACCCAGACAAAGGCCUUAGUCCAGACCAAGUCAAAAGAAACCAGGAGAAAUAUGGGCCCAAUGAACUGCCUGCGGAAGAAGGCAAAAGUAUAUGGCAGUUAGUCCUGGAACAAUUCGAUGACCUCUUAGUAAAGAUUUUGCUGUUAGCCGCUAUUAUUUCUUUCGUUUUAGCUUUAUUUGAAGAACAUGAAGACGCUUUCUCAGCGUUCGUAGAACCCUUUGUUAUUUUACUAAUUCUUAUUGCUAACGCCGUAGUAGGAGUAUGGCAGGAAAGAAACGCCGAAUCCGCCAUCGAAGCUUUAAAAGAAUACGAACCCGAAAUGGGUAAAGUAAUAAGAGGAGACAAAUCCGGCGUACAAAAAGUAAGAGCGAAAGAAAUCGUUCCCGGCGACGUCGUGGAGGUGUCCGUCGGUGACAAGAUUCCUGCCGAUAUCCGCCUAAUCAAGAUUUAUUCCACCACCAUCCGUAUUGACCAGUCCAUCCUGACUGGUGAGUCCGUGUCUGUGAUCAAGCACACAGACCCCAUUCCCGACCCCCGCGCUGUGAACCAGGACAAGAAGAACAUCCUCUUCUCCGGCACCAACGUCGCCGCCGGCAAGGCCCGCGGUAUCGUCAUCGGCACCGGACUCAACACUGCCAUCGGUAAGAUCCGUACCGAAAUGUCCGAGACUGAAGAAAUCAAGACACCCCUGCAACAAAAACUCGAUGAGUUCGGUGAGCAGCUGUCUAAAGUCAUCUCUGUGAUCUGCGUUGCCGUCUGGGCCAUCAACAUCGGUCACUUCAACGACCCCGCCCACGGCGGAAGCUGGAUCAAGGGCGCCGUCUACUACUUCAAGAUCGCCGUCGCCCUGGCCGUCGCCGCCAUCCCCGAGGGUCUGCCCGCCGUCAUCACCACCUGUCUGGCCCUGGGCACCAGGAGGAUGGCCAAGAAGAACGCCAUCGUCAGGUCUCUGCCCUCCGUGGAAACCCUCGGUUGCACGUCCGUCAUCUGCUCCGACAAGACCGGCACCCUGACCACCAACCAGAUGUCCGUGUCUCGCAUGUUCAUCUUCGAGAAGAUCGAGGGCAGCGACAGCAGCUUCCUCGAGUUCGAAAUCACCGGCUCCACCUACGAACCCAUCGGCGACGUCUACCUGAAGGGACAGAAGAUCAAGGCUUCCGAGUUCGACGCUCUCCAGGAAUUGGGCACCAUCUGCGUCAUGUGCAACGACUCCGCCAUCGACUUCAACGAGUUCAAGCAGGCCUUCGAGAAGGUCGGCGAGGCCACCGAGACCGCCCUCAUCGUGCUGGCCGAGAAGAUGAACCCCUUCAACGUCUCCAAGACCGGCCUCGACCGCCGCUCGUCCGCCAUCGUCGUCCGCCAGGAAGUCGAGACCAAGUGGAAGAAGGAGUUCACCCUCGAGUUCUCCCGUGACAGGAAAUCCAUGUCCACCUACUGCACACCCCUGAAGCCGUCCCGUCUCGGAACUGGACCUAAACUGUUCGUCAAGGGCGCGCCCGAAGGUGUGCUCGACCGCUGCAGCCACGCCCGCGUCGGAACUAGCAAAGUGCCCCUCAACACCACCCUCAAGAACCGCAUCCUGGACCUCACCCGCCAGUACGGUACCGGCCGCGACACACUGCGUUGCUUGGCCCUGGCCACCGCUGACAACCCGCUCAAGCCCGAUGAGAUGGACCUCGGCGACUCCACCAAGUUCUUCACCUACGAAGUCAACCUCACCUUCGUCGGUGUCGUGGGAAUGUUGGACCCUCCCCGCAAGGAAGUAUUCGACUCCAUCGUCCGUUGCCGCGCUGCUGGUAUCCGCGUAAUCGUCAUCACCGGUGACAACAAGUCCACCGCUGAAGCCAUCUGCAGGCGUAUUGGCGUGUUCACUGAAGAUGAGGACACCACUGGUAAAUCCUACUCUGGUCGCGAGUUCGAUGACCUGCCCGUCUCGGAACAACGCGCCGCCUGCGCCCGCGCUCGCCUGUUCUCCCGCGUGGAGCCCGCCCACAAGUCCAAGAUCGUUGAAUUCCUGCAAAGCAUGAACGAAAUCUCCGCCAUGACUGGUGAUGGUGUAAACGACGCCCCUGCCCUGAAGAAGGCCGAGAUCGGUAUCGCCAUGGGCUCCGGAACCGCCGUCGCUAAGUCCGCUGCCGAGAUGGUGUUGGCUGACGACAACUUCUCAUCCAUCGUCGCUGCCGUUGAGGAAGGUCGUGCCAUCUACAACAACAUGAAGCAGUUCAUCCGUUACCUGAUCUCUUCCAACAUCGGCGAAGUCGUCUCCAUCUUCUUGACCGCCGCUUUGGGUCUGCCCGAAGCGCUCAUUCCCGUGCAACUGUUGUGGGUCAACCUGGUGACGGACGGUCUGCCCGCCACGGCCCUCGGCUUCAACCCUCCUGACCUGGACAUCAUGGACAAGCCUCCCCGCAAAGCUGAUGAGGGUCUGAUCUCUGGAUGGCUGUUCUUCAGAUACAUGGCCAUCGGUGGCUACGUCGGCGCCGCUACCGUGGGCGCGGCUUCCUGGUGGUUCAUGUACUCGCCCUUCGGCCCGCAGAUGACCUACUGGCAGCUCACUCACCACUUACAGUGCCUGAGCGGCGGCGAUGAGUUCAAGGGUAUCGACUGCAAGAUCUUCACGGACCCCCACCCCAUGACGAUGGCGCUAUCAGUGCUGGUCACCAUCGAGAUGCUGAACGCCAUGAACAGCUUGUCGGAGAACCAGUCGCUGGUCACCAUGCCGCCCUGGUCCAACCUGUGGCUCGUCGGCUCCAUGGCGCUGUCCUUCACACUCCACUUCGUCAUUCUUUACGUCGAGGUUCUCUCGGCCGUGUUCCAGGUGACGCCGCUGUCGGUGGACGAGUGGAUGACGGUGAUGAAGUUCUCGAUACCCGUGGUGCUGCUCGACGAAGUGCUCAAGUUCGUCGCGCGCAAGAUCUCCGAUGGUGAGAAGAGAUCACAGCUACUGCACUGGCUCGACGGCAUGCAGUGGAUCGUGCUCAUGUGGGCCGUGUUCUUUGCGGUCAUCGGCUCCGGAGUGCUAUAGGCCGACCCCCGUGGCCCCCACGGCACUAACCGCACGCGUGUGACCCCCACCCCCGCCCGAGACAAUAAUAUUCGGAGCUCAUUAUCUUUAAUCAUUCUACUUUUUUUACCUUACAUUCACUACGAGGCGGCUGUGAACACCUCCGUUAGUGCUAACUCGGAACACCAAAAAUUGGGUUACUGAUAAUAAAAGGGUAUUAUAUUGUGUAAGUUCCGCCCGGCCGCCGACUUUAGUCCGGCCGGCGCCGCCCCGGCGGCCGUAGCUUACUUGUGAAGAUGCGACGUUAGUGCUUAGUGUAAUUUAUUGUAAGUAUAUCGUUAGGGAAGUGGUUACGAUUAUUUUGCUCGACGAAAUUUUCUUUAGGAAGAAUAUGAAGCUCCGCUCUGUCCUUUCUCUCGACCGCUUGUUAACAUUCCUUGAAGCAUUUUGAUUUUUAGUUAUUUCAGCCUGUGUUCUAUGAUGACGCAUUUGAGUUUCUGUUCCUAACCUAACAGUAUGUUUUUUCUUGUGCUAAAAUUAACACCUAUUAGCAAUAAUGUUUGUCAUUUCAUGCAUUCUUUACUUUCCAUAUAGAAUGGGUUAGGCGACUUAUUAGAAAACGUUAGCGUUUUGCAUUGGUUAAUUGAAGCAGAUUAGUGUCCAGUGUUGUUUUAUUUGUAAAAGGAGUUGCAAGUUCAUAUUUUAUAAAGAAAUAUAGUCAAUGUAUGUAUGUCAGGAUGUGUCGAACAUACACAGAGAUGUUGAUUCGUUUCUCGUGUGGACGCACGUCGCUUGGUUCUUGUAUUUGGAAUCUGAUGAUGUAAUUUAAGUUUUCCUCGGUCCGAGGAUAUGCUAUCAAUAGUUAUAUUGAUGAGACAUAAUAUUACAAUAAGGUAAAUAAAUUCAAGAUAGGCCAUUUUUGUUAUGGUACAAGAUUCAUACUUGUAUGUUAAUAAUAUUAAAAUAGGUAAUAUAUUUGCAUGUGUAUAUUGCAUGUUUACGAUUUUAAGAGUGCAGUUUGUUUUGGUUUGAUGACGUUACGAUUUUUUACUUAAUGUGUUAAUUCUGAUGAUAUAACGUGUAAACACAGUGUAAGACCGUCAAACACAAAUAGCCCACACUAUACACUGCACAACAGAGGGCAUGCUCAAACCCUUGUUACUUUCCCCGACCUUCUCCAACUGUUAUGAAUAUAAAUAACUUAUUUAAAAUGUACAGUCGUUUAUACAUAUUUUACAUUAAUUAAAAAUAUCGAGAAUAAAA